CAGGGGCGGACUGACCAUUUGGAAACUCGGGCACUGCCCGAGGGCCCUGGAUCAGUGAGGGGCUCCAUGAGAUGUCCCUGGUACGUUUUUCAUAAGCUUUUUUGAGUUUGGGCAAGGACACAGGGGCCCCAUGAUCCCCUAUUGCCCGGGGCCCCCAUGAGUUGUCAGUCCGCCCCUGCUCCAGCCUUUUGGAAGGGUGAAGCAUUUCAUAACUCCAGCCCUGAGAAAGGGGGAAGCAUUUCCCCUGAAAUCAUGCCUUUGGAGUGUGGGAGGAAACCUGAGUAA